AUGCCCCCCGUUCGUGCCCCUCUCUUGCGCAUCCCGUAUACCUCCCCUCUGCCGGCACCUCGCAUAAUCCCCGCCAGCGCAGGCACAGCCUCGGGCGCUAUUGCUGCCCUCGCGGAAUUCCUGGGCCGUUCUGAGCGUGCAGAGUCGCGACGAGAGAAGGAUGGGAAGACACUGCUGCUCACUGGUGCGGGCAUAUCGGUCGCAUCCGGCCUGGCCGACUACAGAGGGACGAAGGGAACGUAUACGCUGAACAAGACGUAUCGACCCAUCUACUACAAUGAGUUCUGCGAGAACCAUGAGAUGCGCAAGAGAUACUGGGCGCGGAGCUUUCUGGGAUGGACAAACAUGUUGAAGGCGAGGCCGAAUGCGGGACACGAGGCUGUUGCAAGGCUCGGAGAGCUGGGCAUUGUGUCGAGUUUGAUCACCCAGAAUGUCGACAGCUUCCACCCAAAAGCGCACCCUUCGUUACCCACAAUCGAACUCCACGGCUACCUUCGCACCCUGACCUGCCUCACCUGCAAAAGCUCGUACUCUCGCAACGACUUCCAAACCGAUCUUGCGCGCCUGAACCCCGCCUGGUCUACCUUCCUUCAAGAGAUGCUUGCCACCGGCGCCCUCGACACCGAGAACCCAGACGAGCGGCGAAAGCGAGGCUUGAAGUCCAAUCCUGACGGCGACGUCGAUAUACCUGGCGCACCGUACACAACAUUCAGAUACCCCGCGUGUCCUACCUGUCUCGAGAAAGGAGUGCAAGGUGUGGGCGUGGACAAUGACGGUGGAUGGAAAGAAGGAAGCACGGGAGGCAUUUUGAAGCCUAGUGUGGUCAUGUUCGGCGAGAGCAUACCGCUGGAGAGGAAGAAUGCCGCGGAGCAGGCAGUCAAUGCUGCGGAGAGGAUACUGGUGAUUGGAAGUAGUUUGGCUACGUACUCCGCCUGGCGGCUUGUCAAGCAUGCAAAAGAACUCGGUCUGCCGAUCGGGAUAUUGAAUAUCGGAGGAGUACGUGGUGAGGACACAUUCUUUGGAGAUGUGCCCGAGACGAAUACUGGAAAGCAGGCGGUCAGGUGUAGUGAAAGUGCGGAUGUGGUGCUACCAGGGGUUGUCAAGAUACUAGAAAACAGUGGGAGGUAG